UUGUCGCAGGCAGUGGAUAUGGGGACCGAGAAACAAAUUCCCCCAGAAAAGCCUGAUUUUCUGACGUACUCGUCGUUUCCUUCAGGAAAACACGAGGGCAAGACGCAUAUCGUAAUCGUUGGCGCAGGAAUCAUUGGUGUUUGCACAGCGUUCUAUCUUACGAGACAUCCCAACUUUGAUCCGGAGAAUUACCACAUUACCAUCGUCGAAAGCAAACGUGUGGCGGGAGGAGCCUCUGGAAAGGCAGGUGGGCUACUGGCAUUGUGGGCCUUUCCCCAGCAAAUUGUGCCAUUGAGCUUUCAGUUACACCAAGAUCUCGCGACCGAGUUCGACGGAGAGAAAGAAUGGGGUUAUAGACGAUUAACAACGGUGAGCGUUGAGGGGGACAUCACCGAGUCGCGAUUAAAUAGCCUGGAAGGUAAGAAGAGCGGAAGAACAACCAAACGCAGCCAGAAAGCGGAGGAGGACAGAAAUGAGGUGAAGUCCACCACUAUCUCAAAGAACAGCAACAGUAUUUCCAUUGAGAGCCAGAACUCGCCUUCCGGACCAAAACUUCCGGAGGAUCUGGGCUGGAUCGACAGCAGGCUAAUUGAUGACUGGAACCACCUCGGUAACAAAAAUACCACGGCCCAAGUGCAUCCUUACCAAUUCACCACAUUCAUUUUAAAGCAGUGCAUUGCCACAGGAGCUGUGGAGCUAAUCAUUGGCAAAGUGGACGACAUAAUGAUCGAUGAAGAGACGGGUAACUGCAAAGGCGUCUCCUACUAUCCUUCCAGCGCAAAAGCAGAGUAUGAUAAGACCUCCAGCGAGAAAGUUGAGCUUUUCGCAGAUAAGGUGAUGCUGUCGGUCGGUCCCUGGACAUCCAAGAUUCUUCCCGAUUGUCCUAUUUCUGGACUGCGCGCCCACUCCAUCACAGUACAACCUGCUAAAGUCGAAGAGAUCACGCCUUACGCAGUUUUCACAGAAUUACGACUUAGUAAGAGUAGAUUUGUGAGUCCCGAAAUUUACGCAAGAAAAGACGAAGUUUACGUGUGCGGGGAAGGAGACUCGUCUGUUCAAAUCCCAGAAACGACAGAUGACGUUGAGAUUGUGACCGAGGAAUGCGAUAAACUGUUUGGCUAUGUUUCCAAAGUUUCCGAAAACUUGAAGAAUGGCAGAGUGCUCAAAAGACAGGCGUGCUAUCUCCCGGUUUUGGAUGUGCCUUCCUCAUCCGGUCCACUUAUUGGUGAGACAAAUGUAGAGAAUCUCUAUUUGGCCUCCGGACAUUCCUGUUGGGGUAUCAAUAACGCACCGGCUACGGGUCUUCUUAUGAGCGAGCUGCUUCUUGAAGGUAAAGCGACAUCCUGUGACAUCAGUGCUUUGGACCCAAGUCUCUACUUUGAUGCAUCACUGGUUUUCGACGAAGAUGGUGAAGAGAAUGAACACGAAUUUGACGAGGAGGAUGAGGAGGAUGAGGAAGAGGAAGAAGAAGAAUGA